AUGGCCCCAACUAUCCUCAUUGCCGGUGCAACCGGGAACACUGGUCGCAGUCUGAUCGAAACCCUACCCGGGUUGCUUCAGAAAAGCAACACACUAUUCAACCACCGAGUGAUCGGUCUGACGCGGUCUUUGGACUCUCCAGUUGCAAAGCAGCUCGCAAAGAUCCCUGGUGUCGAGAUGAUAGAGAAGAAUUGGGUUGACAUCACCGCCGACUGGCUGAGGGAAUACCAUGUCGUCAGGGCCUUCAUCGCAUCGCACAACAACCCAAAUCAGUUUGCCGAGGAGAGCGUCUUCCAUUUGAACGCCCUUCAAGCUCAGGUCGAGUAUGUUGUUCGAAUCUCAACUACUGCCGCAAACGUUCGCCCAGACUGUAAGGCGUACUAUCCGCGCUCCCAUUGGGCAAUUGAGGCUCUGCUGAGCUCGCCCGAAUUCGAAGCUAUAAAGUGGACUUCACUUCAGUCCAAUCUCUUUUUUCAGUUUGUCCUCGCUCCCGCGGUUAAAUACAUUCAAGACUACCGCAAAUCUGGUGUGCAGGGGAAAUUGAGUUUGAUUCUAUCGAAAGAUGCACCCGUGGGCCUUAUUGACCCGAACGACGUUGGGAUUUUUGCUGCUCACCUCUUGGCCCAAGACAACCCAGCUGUGCACGACAAAGCUAAAUAUGUCCUCAAUGGACCGGAAGACAUUACUGGGGCGCAAAUUGUUGAGAUGGUUGAGCAGUAUACCGGUACUAAAGUCAAGGAUGUUGGCUAUGAGGAGAUGCUCCCAUUCACCCAGGCUUAUUACGAGCAUACCUUUGCGAGGACUGGGGAAUCAAAGAACGUUAUUAUGACUAUGAGACAUGCUCCGGAGACAGCAUGGGAUGGAAAAUGCACAGCUUCCACGACUAGCAAGGAAGUAUUUGAGAUUGCCGCACCCAAUCGUACACUGGCUGAUGUUUUGAAGACUAUGCUAGGUGAGGAGUGA